AUGUCAGCAUUACGUAUUCUCGUGCCCAUAAAGAGGGUAAUUGACUAUGCGGUCAAACCCCGCGUCAAUAAGGCGCAGACGGGCGUCGAAACGGCCGGCGUCAAGCACUCGAUGAACCCGUUCGACGAGCUUUCGGUCGAGGAGUCGGUGCGGAUCCGUGAGAAAAAGUCAGCGCCGGGAGGCGUUGAAGACAUCUGCGUGAUCUCGGCAGGUCCUGCGAAGGCCGCGGACGUACUGCGCACGGCGAUGGCGAUGGGCGCGGACCGUGGCAUCCACGUAGACGUCAAGGAGGGCGAAGACCUAGAGCCGCUCAGCGUAGCUAAGUUGCUCAAGGCCACUGUCGAGAAGGAAAAGAGCAACUUGGUCAUCCUCGGCAAGCAGAGCAUCGACGACGAUGCGGCGCAGACAGGACAGAUGCUAGCGGGGUUGCUAGGGUGGCCCCAGGCUACACAGGCUAGCAAAGUCACGUUUGGCGCUGGCGAUACGGUCGAGGUCACGAAAGAGGUUGACGGCGGCGCGGAAACGGUGCGCGCGAAGUUACCGAUGGUUAUCACGACGGAUUUGCGCCUUAAUGAGCCCCGCUAUGCGAGCUUGCCGAAUAUUAUGAAGGCGAAGAAGAAGCCGCUUGUCAAGAUGAGCUUGAGUGAUUUAGGCAUUUCGAAUGAGAGACGGCUUAAGAUUGUUAAAGUUACAGAACCGCCGCCGAGAGAAGGUGGUGGCAAGGUUGAGGAUGUGGAUGGGUUGAUUUCGAAGUUGAAGGAGCUGGGAGCGAUAUAA